GAGGCGGGGUAUCCGGACGCGUCGACACUGGGCCCGGAAACCGGAAAAGAGGUUACGCACUCCCCUCGGGCGGGGGGGCGUCGGCUGCGGGUCCGAGGGUCCCUGGCUUCUUCUCGUCUGCCACAGCCUGUGGGCCCCUCUGGCACUUCAGUUCGGACCCUGGCUCUGGAGCAGAUAAGCGGCAUGGAAGCCGAGGACCUCCGGGAGGAACUGACUUGCUCCAUCUGCCUGGACUAUUUUGAGGACCCGGUGUCCAUCGAAUGUGGCCACAACUUUUGCCGCGGCUGCCUGCGCCGCAGCUGGGCUCCAAGCAGCUGCUCUUUCUCUUGCCCCGAGUGUAGGCAGCCGUCGGCGCCCGCCGCGCUGCGGCCCAACUGGGCGCUGGCCAGGUUGACCGAGAGGACGCGGCGCCGUAGCCAGCGCCCCGUGCCCCCAGGCCUGUGCAGCCGCCACCAGGAACCACUGCGGCUCUUCUGCGAGGACGAUCAGCGGCCCGUGUGCUUGGUGUGCAGGGAGUCCCAGGAGCAUCAGGCCCAUGAGAUGGCGCCCGUCGACGAGGCCUCUGUGAGCUACCGGAAACAUUACUUUGGUAUCCAUAUGGAUGAGUGCAGAAGACCAAUUAGGCUACUGUUGUGUUAUUUUAAGCUAGAGGAGAAACUUCUUAUGUCUCAAUGUAGUCUCACAGCCAAGAUGAAGAAAGCCAUGCAGUUACAGGAGACGGAAAUGAAGAAUGCUACAAAGUGGAAGGCGCAUAUAAAGAAUCAGCGAGCAAGAAUCAGUACAGAGUUUUCAAAGCUGCACCAAUUCCUGGCUGAAGAAGAGCAACUCUUUCUUCAGAGACUGAGUGAAGAAGAAGAAGAGACAAAGAGUAAAUUGAGGGAUAACAUGUUAAGGCUCAAUGAAACAAUCGCUUCUUUGAAGAAUCUCAUGUUAGAAGUUGGGGAGAAGAGCCAGGCCUCCACCCUGGAAUUGCUCCAGAAUCCAAAAGAUCUACUGACCAGGAGUGAGAUCCAGGAUGUGAACUAUUCCCCUGAAGUUCUAAAGGUGAAGACACUGUGCCAGAUACCAAUGGUGAAGGAAAUGCUAAAACGAUACCAAGUGGCUGUAAGUGUAGCUGAAAUCACAGCUCAUUCGAAACUUGUUUUCUCCCAGGAAGGGAGAUACGUGAAAAAUGCAGCAUCAGCCAGUUCAUGGCCAGUACUUUCUACGACAUGGAACUACUUGGCUGGAUGGAAGAAUCCUCUGAAGACCACAGACAUUGUAGAGAGAUUUCAGCACUUACCCUGUGUUCUGGGAAAAAAUGUUUUCACCUCAGGGAAGCAUUACUGGGAAGUUGAAAAUAGAGGUAGCCUGGAGAUUGCUGUGGGAGUGUGUCAGGAGGACAUCAUGGGGAUUACUGAUAGUUCAAAUAUGUCUCCCCAUGUGGGAAUCUGGGCUAUUUAUUGGAGUUCAGCUGGGUAUCGGCCCCUGCCAAGACUUCCUUUAACUCUUCCCAGGCAAGAACCAGUUCUUCACCGGGUGGGCGUUUACCUAGACUAUGAGGCUGGCAGUGUCUCCUUCUACAAUGCGGAGGAUGGACUGCUCCUGCACACUUUUUCUUGUUCUUUUGUCUCCCGGCUCCGGCCAUUCUUUUGGUUGAGUCCAUCAGCAUCUUUAGUUCUCCCAGCAGUGACUUCUGGGAAAUGAGGCUGUUCUUCCUCUGCCUAGAAAUCCUUCCCUGUACCCUAGUUCAGUGACACAUAUCCCCUGGCCUCCUUUGGUUUAAUAUGCCUGUAUCUUGAGUAGUCCGCUUCUGCGUCUCAUUCAUUGAACCCUUUGGUAUUCACCCUGUAUGUACUUUAGAAGAGGUAGAUCCAUGGGAGGGAGGUAAUUCAGGCCAGUGAGGAUGGGACAGGAAAUUUUCCCAGGUCAUUCUGAGGAUUAUUUUUAUAGCUUUUAAAAACGUAUUUUAGAAGAUACACCCCCUUCCCACUUCUAAAUUAGCAGGUAUUUGGAACUGAGAACACAGGAAGAAUGAAAAGGUGGAAGAAAUAGAGUUUUGUUUUGCUUUUUUUGUUGUUGUUGUUGAGACAGAGUCUCACUCUGCUGCUCUGGGUUGAGUGCCAUGGUGUUGCAGCCUGAAGCUCACAGCAACCUCAAAUUCCUGGGCUCAAGUGAUCCUCCUGCCUCAGUCUUCAAAGUAGCUGGGACUAUAGGUGCCUACCACAAUGCCCGGCUAGGUUUUCUUUUUUCUUUUUUCUUUCUCUCUCUUUCUCUCUCUCUUUUUUUUUUUUUUAGUAGAGAUGGGAUUUUGCUCUUGUUCAGGCUGGUCUCAAACUCUUGAGCUCAACCAAUUCAUCCGCCUUGGCCUCCCAGAGUACUAGAUUACAGGUGCGAGCGACUGUGUCUGGCCAAGAAGCUCAGUGUUGCCAUGAUUAAGUGUUGAAUUUCUUUGAUCUCAAGCUUCUUGGUAUCAUGAGAUAAUGGCUCCCUUAUUUUAUAAGGCAAUUUCCAUUGCAUUUGGUUCUAAGGUAGCCUAACUGGCACUAAUGGCAUAUAUCAUGAACGUGCCCUGGCUUACCUCACUUUUUCUACAUUUUUGGCAAAGGUAUAGAAUCUCUUUCUGUCCAGUCAUACAGUGCCUCUUUUCAGUAAGUACUGAUGUCUUCCACUUUUCUCGCUUAGAACCUCGAAGAAAUCUCCCCUCAGUCUGCCCAUGCUACUUGUCCUUUGCUUCUGGACCUGAAUAGUCGGAUCUUUGUCCUCAACUAUUCACUGUGCUGUGCAUUUGUCAAGUUCAUAGGUUGUUGAUAGAGGGUUGUUAGUGUCAUAAUGACCAUGUUGAGAAACAUGAAUUAAAAUAUCUACAUUGUUCUGGCCUUUUCAUAUUAUGCAGAUUAGUGAGGUGGAAAUUGAAAUCUUCUUUGUACAAAUGAGAAAGUGAACUCUUUAUAACUAGCUCAGGAUUGCUUAGCUGGCAAAUAGGAACGUUGGGAUUAAAAUACAGAUUUGUCUGAGAUGAAAGCCCGUGCUGUAUUCUACUCUACCUGUAUGUGUAAGCACUUAAUGAAUUGGGUUCAUCUUUGAAGAUGUUUGGCAUCAUCUUUGUUUCAGGUUAUUUUUUUGUUACAUGUUUUUAUUCUGUAUAUGUUUUCCUCACUUUACCUUUUCUGCUCUGGAUUGUAUGUACAUAGAAGAUCGUGACAAUUAUUGGGUAUUUUUAAAAUAAUGAUUGUUUCUCUUCUGGCUAUAAAAGUCAUGUGUACAUAUUGUAGGUGAUUUGGAACAUACAAAAAGUAUAAAGAAAAUUAAAAGUUAUCUAUGCCACCACUACUAACAUUUUAAUAUAUUUUCUCCAUAUUUUCAAUAAAGUCUUUCUGGCAGUGAUUUAGAGGAUCACUUUUUAAGAGGAUUGUUACAAACUCCCAGCACCUUCCUUAACCCCUCUUCCCCUUCCUAUGUCUCAGCCCAUCCUGGCCUGUCUUCCUUUUCAAUCUGAGCAGCCCACUCAUUCAACAAUUUCUACUGACUUCUCAACUUUCUCAACAUUCAAAAGUCAAAGUCCUACCUGUGAAUGUGACCUUAUUUAGAAAUAGGAUCUUUGCAGCUAUAAUUAAGACAUGGUCAUUUAGGUGGACCCUAAUACAGUGUCUGCUGUCCUUUCAGAAGACGGAAAUUUAUACACAUGUCCAUGAACACACAUGGGAAAAGGCUAGGUGAAAAUACAGAGGGAAGGUAGCUCUGGGAGAUGGAGGCAGAGACUGAGGCAGAGACUGAAGCUAUGUUGUCCCAAGCCAAGGAAUGGCUGGAUCACUAGAAGGUAGCUCAGGCCAGGAAGAAUCCUCGCCUAAAAGCUCUGUAGGAAGUGUGGGCCUGUCAAUACCUUGAUGUCUGAUUCCUAGCCUCCAGAACAGGAAAUUUCAAUUGUUUUAAGCUGCCCAGUUUGUGGCACUUAUGGCAGACCUAGGAAAGGAAUAGACUUGGUACAUCAGGACUUGUUCCAGUACCUGCCUUACUGAUUUCUAAUCCUUUAGAAAUUCCUCAGUACCUUUUUUCCUGUUCUUUCUGGUCUGUUGGAAGGUUGGUUGAUUCUGCUACAAAUUCUUUCUUGCUUCAAGCAGGCUCUUUGAGCUGGUAAACUUUUUUGUCCCUUGACUUACUUUUUCAUCCUUGGUAGCAACAAUUCCAAACCUUUUCCUUUUUUCAAAACUUUGUGGCCGCCUUCAUGCUAUUUAUUGAAAAGAACUUGCAUCUUCAGCUGAGAAAAACUUUUCCUCUUCCCAUCUUAUUCUUCAUGGUUCUUUGCCUGGGGUUUUCAGUCUUGAUGUAUUUGUUCUCAUCAAGUGUGUUCAUAUUUAUUUAAGAAAAACAGACCAUCGAACAAAAACCUCCCACAAACUCUUGAUGCUUCUUGAUCUACAAACAGGAUUGAGAAGAACCUGUGUUUUCAAAUUUUCUUUAGGGAUUUCUCUGAGCCAUUGUUCUAUUAAAAUGUAAUUUGAGUCACUAGAUUAUUUCAAUGCAGAAACUUUUGUUCCUGGGGUUCCCCCUAGACCUUUUGGUGAUCGCUGUCCUAUACUUUUUCUGGCCAUCUUGGAGGAUUGCGGUCCUUUGUAUCCAGAGGCUUAAGAACCAGACUAGAGCUGCCUGCCCUCCACUCUUUUUGCAGUUGGGGGUUUCCUGUAGGUGCUGUGGGCUGCCCUGCGACAGCCAGGCUGCAGGUGCUGCAGGCUUAGUCUGGUGAACCUCCAGCCAGGUCUUCCCAGCAGUGGUUGGGGUGGCAGGAGGAAAGAUGAGGAGGGCAGAUAAGUCUGUAUCUUUGGCCUGCUCCAGAAAGACAGGCAGGAGUAGGUCCCAGAGAACCAAUGACUCUGGAGAUCUCUGGGAUCCCUAGAAGGGAAGACCAGAAGUACCCGGCAGAUGGCUCCAUCCUGGGGGCUCAGGGUGUGUGGACAUGAGUGGCUGGGAGCACCCCAGUUCCAGGUGAAGCUUUUCAUAGGCGAUAUUUGUCUUUACCAGUAGGUCAGUGUAGUGUAAUGUUUGUCAUGUUUCCCCAUUGUAAAGUUGCCAGUUUUCCCUUUCUAUAGCUGUGCCACUCACUUAACCUAACUCACACUCAAGGGACUAGGGAGGGAGGGAGGAGGAUUAAACUCCACCCUGGAGGUGGGGGGUAAAUCAUUUGCAAUGUUUUGUGGAUCCCUUCUGUCCCAUCUUUUAAUCAUUUAUAUCAAAAUGGGAUCAUGGAAACUUAUUUUAUCCGUUGGGUUGUACAUAUUCAGUGAAUGCUGUAUUAUUUUGUUGCUCAAAUUGUUCAAGCUUUGGCCAUUAGGAACUCCUUCAGAUUAGCUCUUUUGUUCUUUUAAUUUAUUUCCAUCCUAUGUUCUUGAGCCCUUCCUUGCUUUCUGGCACAAAAGAAUGCUCCAGGCUCAUGUUGUAUUUUCCUUUCCCCAACCUUCCUCCAAAAGCCCUAUUCUUUUCAUAUUCCUUUCAUCGCAGAAAGGUAUUUUGAAACCAAGAUCUGGGCACUGAGUGUGCUACUGGGUAUAAUUUCUCCCAGACUCUUAGUGGACAUGUUGCAGGAAAACAGCAAAUUAAAACAGACACACCAACAAUAUGGAGGAAGGAACCUUUCAUUGCUGGGAAGAACUCAGGUGCCUCAAGGUGUGAAGUGCUGAGUUCCAGGGAAAUUACAGUCACAACAAAGGGUACAAGGAGUUAAUGAUUAUAUUUCUCAAGAAACCAGGAUGCUGUUAUUUGUUACCUAGUUUUUUUCAAGGUUUUUUCACUCAGUGUAAAGUUUGUUCUUAUCUUUAGAGGAAGAGUUCUUCCGCAGCUGCCUGCUGCUUUCUUAGGAUCACUAAGAAGUAUAAGAUUCAUUUCUCUUUCUUCAGACACAGCUAGGAUAUAUAUGUGUAUACACACACUAAUUCACAUAUACACACAUUUCUAUAUUUUUUUCUAUAUUCAUCUACUACAUACAUUUGUAUUCAGCUAACUAUGAAUUAAUAGUGAUGUCUCCAACUCUGAUCCAGUUUCACAGUGUUCACUGUAGCCGUUUCUACUCUUUUUUUUUUUCACAAUUAUACUCAUUUCUUAAUAGUUUUGAAAUGUACCAUUGCAUCAUGCACAUUAGGUGAGGUCCCUCCAGAUGUGCUAUUUCUACUCUUAUCUGAAAUUAUCCUCUUUAUGAGAAAGCUAGCUGUCACCAUCCACCAUCCUCUUAUAUAUAACCCUGGCAUACAUGUAAAACAGACUCAGAAUUGUUAACUCAUAUCUCAAAAAAAUUUACCAGUUGGAGUACAGUGUUUAGGUACAAUUUGUUUCUAACCUUAGGUAUUUCCAUCAAAACACUAUUUUCCAAAGUUAUCAUACUUCGUUCAGCUUUUUCCUCUCCUGCCUCAUCAUCUUCAGUGAGGUUAUUAUUUUUUUUUUUUCAUGUUCUGAAUUUUAUCCUGGAGUUCUUUUAACAUGUUGGUCAAUUUUUAAAAUUUUCUGUAUGAUAAGGUUCGCUUUUGGUGAUACAUGGUUAUAUGGGUUUAGACACAUGUACAGAGUUACGCAUUUAUCAGUCCAGUAAUAUGUCGUACAGCUUCAUCAUCCUAACAUUACGCUAUGUGUCACCUUUGUAGUCAGUCAUCCGCCUGCCCUCCCAACCUUGGACACUUCUAUCCCUAAUACUUUUGGCUUUUCCAAUAUACGUAUAAUACGUAUCUUUUGUGUAUGAUUUCUUGCACUUAGGAAAAGAAGUAUUUAUGAUUCAUCCACAAUUGUAUGAAUCAAAGCUCAUUCUUUUCUAUUGGUAAAUAGUAUUCCAUUGUACAAAUCAAUGUUAGCUAAUCCAUUAAUCUGUGGAAGGAUAUUUUGGUUACUUCCAGUUUGGGGCAAUUAGGAACACAGCUGCCAUAAAAUUUGUGUAAAGUUUUUUUGUGAACACAAGUUUCCAAUAGAUUUCAUAGUUUCAGUUCACUUGAGUGAAUACAUAGGAGUGUGUUUAGUAAAUCUGUUUAACCUCGUAAUUGCCAAAUUGUCUCCAAAGUGGUUGUAUCAUUUUUCAUUCUGAGCAGCAAUGAAUGAGAGUUCCUGUUACUUUACAUUCCCACAUGAAUUUGGUAUUUUCAGGAUUUUUUUUUUCCAUCCUAAUAGGUAUAGUGGUAUCUCGUUGUUUCACUUGCAUUUCUCUAAUGACAAGUAAUACUGAGCAUUUGUUCAUGUUCUUGUUUGCCAUCCACAUGUUUAGGGUUGUUACAUCUUCUUGGAGAGUUGACCCCUUUAUCAUUAUAUAAUAAUACUCCUCUUUAUUUCUGAUAAUUUCCUUGGUCUGAAGUUUAAUUUGUCUGAAAUUGACAUAGUAACUCCUGUAUGUAUUCAAGUUGAAAUGAAAGAACACUGAACAGCAACACAAAAACAUAUAAAAGUACAAAUCUCAUUGGUAAAGGUAAAGAUACAGACAAAUGCAGAAUAAUGUAGUACUGUAAUGGUGAUGGAUACAUCACUUUAGUGUAAAAGUUAAAAAGGACAAAAGUAUUAAGGAUAACUAUAAUCAUAAAAAUUUACUAAUGGAUGUACACUAUAAAAAGCAAUUGUGACAUCAAUAACAAAGCAUGUGUGUUAGGGGGGAAGUCUUUGUAUGCUUUGAAGUUAUCAGUUUAAAAUAGACUUCUGGCCAGAGGCGGAGC